CCUAAUCCAGAGCGAGGAGAUCUGUAGGGUUUCACCACGACACACACUCACACUCACACUCUCUCGGAGAAUCUCUCUUUUCUUCUUCCCCUCUCUCUUUGGCGGCGACGAUUGGGAUAAUCGCAGAGCAGGCGCCUUCCAGCCGAGGCGCCGGCUUUGCCAGGGAUCUGAAUUGGCGCAUUCCCGGUUCCAGGCCAGAUCUAGCAGCGCAUUGCAGCGCCGGGGGCGCGGGGAUGGAGCUCCAGCCGCGGAUCUAAGCGCGGCGGCCAGGCAUUCAGAUCCGGGGGCGCGCAUUGCUGUAGACCAUGGAAACAGAUCAGGGGAAGCUUUUCAUUGGCGGGAUCUCGUGGGAGACGACCGAGGAGAAGCUCAAGGAUUACUUCCAGGCCUAUGGCGAGGUCGUGGAGACGGUGAUUAUGAGGGACCGGACCACUGGGCGCGCCCGCGGGUUUGGAUUCGUGGUGUUCUCGGAUCCCAAUUGCGCCGACCGGGUGCUGCUGGACAAGCACACGAUCGAUGGAAGAGUGGUGGAAGCGAAAAAGGCCGUGCCCAGGGAUGAGCAGCACAGUGUAGUAAAGGCCAACGGGAGUGCCGUGGCUGGGCCGGGCGGCCAUGCCUCGUCUAAAACCAAAAAGAUUUUUGUGGGUGGUUUAGGCUCUAAUGUAACUGAGGAUGACUUCCGAAAGUAUUUUGAGCAGUUUGGUACUAUUACAGAUGUCGUCGUCAUGUACGACCACGCGACGCAGCGCCCCCGCGGCUUUGGAUUCAUCACCUUCGACACCGAGGAAGCCGUGGACAACGUCCUGCACAAGACCUUCCACGAGCUCAAGGAGAAGAUGGUGGAGGUGAAGCGGGCGGUGCCCAAGGAGCUCUCGGCCGGGCCGGCCAGGAGUCCCGGAGGAGCCGGCUACUCGGGAGUUCCCAGGCCCGGAGGAUACAGCGCCUACGGCCCCGGCUACCCGAGCAGUCCAGGUGGUGGAGCUGCCGGUGCCUACGCCGCUGCCAGCCGGUACAGUCCGACUCCAGGGAUCCGGGGUGGCUAUCCUUCCUACGGCGGUGCUGCUGGCUAUGGAGCUGCUGGUUACGGUGGCGCUGGCGGGUAUGGAGCUGUAGGAACAGGCUACGGCGCAAGCGCUGCUGGAUAUGGCUACGGUGGAGGAUAUGGUGCCAGUGCUGCUGCUGCUGCUGCUGCUGCUGGGGGAGGAUACGGUGGCUACGCUAGCGGAGGUGGCGGGGGAUACGGAGGUGGCGGUCCGGGGUAUGGCGGAGCCGGAGGUGGCAGCCCCGGGUAUGGAGGUGGACGGAACGCUUGGGGUGGUGGCGGUGCUCCGGGAUAUGGUGGAGCUGCUGGUUCCGGUGGAUAUGGAGGCAGUGGGAGUAAUAUGAGCGGAUAUGGGAACGCUGGAUGGGGUGGCUCUGGAGGUGGCGGACAGGGGAAUGCUGCGACGAGUCCGGGGUAUAGCGGGAGCGGCUAUGGUUAUAGUAGCGACGCGGGGUAUGGCAGUGCUGCCGCUGGCUAUGGUGGGCGAGGAUAUGGGAAUAACAGCGGAGGAUACGGUGGUGGCGGUGGUGGUAAUGCAGGUAGCUAUGGCUCGAGUUAUGCAGAUGCGUACUCUGGUUAUCCGGACAACACCUGGAGAGCUGGGAGUGUAGAUGGAUAUAGCGGCGGUGGCGGGAGUGGCGGCGGUGGUGGUGGAAGUGGUGGCGGUGGUGGCGGCGGUGGUAGCGGUGUUGGAUCGAAUUAUGGCGGAGGGAUGGGAAACAGUGGAGCAACAGGUGAUGGGACAGGGAAUGGAGGAGGCUAUGGUGCGAACUAUGGAGCGAGCAGUAGACAAUCCCAGAGAGGAGGGAAUCCAGACGCUCGCUUUAGGCCAUAUCCUUCCACGGCUGAUCACAGUAGCUAGCUCUUUCCUCCGGCGGCUUAGAAAAGAGGAUCACAGUGACACUUCUAGCAGCGUUCCAUCCAGCGUUCCAUGGAGGUAACGUAAGAGAGCAAAGCUUUUUACUCUUUUCUUUUCUUCUUUUGUCUUUUGGUUUUCCUCGUUUUUCUUUUUUCUUUUUUUGUUUUUCAUUGGUACUGAGGGGGGGACGCUAUAUUUAUUUAUUAUUUUUUUUCCUUUCAUUGUGUGGCUUGGUACUCCGGGACUGGGAUGAUAAAAGAGGGAGAAUGGCUGGGUUGAGAAAGAGUAUACAUAGAGAAGGAGUGAUGGUUUUAGCUUUUGUUUUGGAAGUUUUUCUUCAGCCAGCCUGCGGCACUAACACACUCGGUCUUUGUUUGAAGAGGCUAGCUUUAUGUCGUCGGUGUUCUUUGCAGCGUCCGGGUAAUAUUAUCAUGGGAGAAAAAAAACACUAUAUUCUUUGAUUUGCACAAAUUAAUCAAGACAAAUUUGUUCUACUAAAAAAACUUCAGUUCCUAUCUUAA